AUGCUAGAAGAUCUACAACAGCCCGCUCGACCACUUUCGAGCGACUCAGAUAUACGUUCGAAAAUCUACGAGCAGUACCUCUACCAUGGGGGCGGUCGGUAUGAGAAUCAACUACUAGAUAUGCUACCCCGCUCAGAGUGCUCGGUCUUCACGCAUGCAGAUAUUGCGCCGCGCAAUAUCAUGGUGGAUGAGCAGAACAAUGUCACCGGUGUUCUCGACUGGGAAUCAGCGGGGUGGUAUCCCGAGUACUGGGAGUACGCGCAGAUUAUGCGCCCGGCGUUUUGGGGCAACUGGUCCAUUUGGAUGGAUAAGACGGCGCCGCAGCGGUGGGAUCCUGAGGAAAUUAAUGCUGCCAGAAAAUUCCUGUUUUGA